AUGCAUAGUUCCACUGGAUAUACACCACAUCAUGCCCACUAUGGCUCGGAGCGUGAUCGUUGGGCAAAAUUAUCCUAUGCUCCUCCUCCAUCUCAAACGAUCUCACUCGAAAUUUCAGCUGUUCAUGAGGGAGGUAGCCGGAAGAAGGGUGGGCGUGGUACACCUUUCGGGAGUAUCUGCAAAGGAAAAAAGGAUAUAGACGCUCAAAUUGACGCCCCAGGUCUCAUCAAAAUAGCCCUCAAUACCGUUUAUCCGAAGAUUCAAUCAUUCUGUCCUGCCUUUCAGUGGCAGUAUGAGGAAUUUGUCAUCCGAGACUCACAAUGGGUGGAUCUAUUGGGUCAUCAUGCACGCGAGCCAUAUUUUUACUCCCAAUGCAUUCAAGCUGGACGUAAAGGCUUAAAGUCACCGAUAUUCAAGACAAAACAGUUUGCACUCAUGGUCGUCGUACCUGAGAGCCAGUGGCACGAAUACGAAGAAUGGACUGAGCGAGCUGAAGAGGAUGAGGCUACCCGCCAAGCUCCAGUGGCUACUACAGCUAUCUCCGAAGCCUCCGUUGAUGUCUUCCAGGGCGGAGACUACCUUGCCACUGAGGUACCACUUCCUGAAGUUCCCUUAAAGAGGACCCACCUCCGUACAGCCAGUAGCCUUAGUUCUACAUCCUCAUCUACAUCACCACCACUAAAGAAAGCUGCUUCUGCCAAUAUCUUUCAGUCACCUAAUCGUAAUGAGUUGAAAGAAGCACUCCGAUCUGGUGGAAUAGCAAAUGUAGAUGCGCAGAGUGUGUAUGACCUGCAGAAUGAAAAUGUCCAGCUGUACUGGAUUGCUACUCGCCCAAUGUCCGAAAUUCUGGAAAAUAGCAAGUAUCAGUCGUUCACGUUGCAUACUGCAGAAUCAGCAACUGGGCAACUGACAGUCGACACAUCCUCUGCCAAUCUCAUUGGCCGAGGUGGAUUCAAGACUGCCCAUCCUGGGUGGUUAACACUCACGUCACACAUUCCUACAACCGGACUAGGUUCAAUCCUGCAUCAGAAAGUCGUAGUCAAGAGACCUUUCAUCAAGAUAUUUCCUCCAAAUGGACCAUCGGCAGGCACAUACAAAGUUGGACAUUACGCUGUGGCUGACGAAUUGUCUAAGCAGUUCAAGGAAGCCAAUGUCCUGUACUGGGCAAAUUCGUUGUUAGAUCUCACCUAUGCAUUCAUUAACCGUUGUGUCGCAGCCUCGUCAAACCCCCCUCCUUUUGAGAUUCCACAUCUUCGUUUUAUUCAUGCUGGACUCACACUAUCCUUCCUACCUGGCCAGAUGAUCGUUGCUAAACCGGGUGCUAAACCAUGCUCUGUCCGUGCUGCAUUUCUCUUAGAGGAACUUAUUCCGGGUGGGCCCGAUGCCUUCAUGAAAUUCAUUCACAACACAGACUGCGAUCCUCUCCUUGAUCCUGGCGAGGACGGGUACAGUACAGCACUUUUCUUGGCAUUUACUCAACACGUUCAGUAUGAGAAGACCGGGGGAUUGGCAUAUAUCUCCGACUAUCAGGGUGUGUAA